AUGUGGGCGCUGGCACAGCGCCCUCAGCAGCCGGCGGCGCUCCUGCUAGCAGAGAUCCACUUGCAGCCGGGCGAGGCGCUGCCGCGGCUGCCAGGAUACAGCAGGGUGUUUGUAGCAGCCCGGCCAGAUGGGUACGGCGGCGUAGCUAUCCUGCUGGCGGACAGCUGGAAGGUGGCGGCAGCGCUGUGGCGGAGCGACGCGGCUGACGGCCGGCUGUGGGUGCGGGUGCAGGGCGCGCUGCCUGGCGGGCUGCCGCUCUUCCUGGGCACCGCCUACCUGCCGCCCCAGGGCAGCCCCGGCUGCCCCGAGGAUGUGCCGGCCUGGUUCCUGCGGCACGCGGAUGUGCUGGCGGAGGCCGAGGCAGCUGGCGCAGCGCUGCACGCCAUGGAUGCCAACGGGCGCACCGCCUCCCUCCCUGACUGGCCAGACGGCGACGAAGACGCGGGCUGCCCUGCCCGCCGCAGCAGCGACACGGCGGCCCCCAACUCCCAUGGCAGGCAGCUGCUCAGCCUCUGCCAAAGCAGCGCGGCCCGCAUCUGCAACGGCAGAGUGCCGGGCACCACCAGCGACGACGCCACCAGCUUCGGCAGCCGCGGCACCGGCAGGGCGGUGGUUGACUACUGGCUGGCCAGCGCCAGCCUCCUGCCGCGGCUGCCCACCAUGGCGGUGGACAGCUGGGGCCUGGCAGCGCAGCACUCCGACCACGCAACGCUCCUGCUGGAGCUAGCAGCACCCCCGGCGGUACAGCGGGACAGCACGGCGCAGCAGGAGCACACCUACGCACCCCCGCAGCAGCGCCAAUUCGAGCUGGGGACAGCUGAGCAGCUGGCAGCAGCCGUGGCGCUCCUCGCAGGCACGCAGAGGCAGCUGGAUGCCCUGGCAGCGGCAGCGGAGUCAGCGGCCAGCCCUGCAGCCCUGGAGCAGCUGGCAGCGGCAUUUGCUGAGCUCAUGGUGGAGACCCUGGAUGGCGCAGGCAUGCGGCAGCGCAGCAGCAACGGCGGCGCCCAGCGACCACACUCCCUCCCCCGCAGCCUACAACGGCAGUACGGCAUCCGCGACGCAAGAAGGGCGCAACGCAAUGCGGUGCAGCAGGCAGCUGUUGCGCAGCAACGUGGCAUCGGCCCUGAGCAGCAGGACGCAGCCCUGCGGCGGGAGCGCGAGACCUACCUGGAUGCAGUACGGCGUCGGCAGGACCGCGAGGCGCUGGCGCAGCUGCGCACCGGGUCGCAUUGGGGCGCGGAAGAGACCGGCCGCUGGACGCGGCGCCCCCGAGAGCAGCGAGUCUGCCCCCACUGCCACGACGGCAUUGAAGAUGCCCCCCACAUGCUGCUCACCUGCCCCCUUUACGCCCCGCUGCGCCUCAACUUUCCUGACCUGUUUGCUGAGCCCCAUCCUCCCAACCGCUUCCUCCGCCAGAAACCGUGCCGCCUCGCCGCCUUUGCUGCCGCCUGUCACCAGCGCUGGCUGACCGCCACCGUUGCGCUGCCUGCAGUCCCGCCCUGA